UUCCCACUCCACUCCUCCUUCUCCGAUUCCAAAUUCUUCCUGAUUCUAGUCCUAAGCUCUAAGAAUUUCCCGGCGAAGAUGUUGGAACUCCGUCUGGUUCAGGGAAGUCUCCUGAAGAAGGUGAUGGAUGCAAUCAAGGAUCUGGUGACGGACGCCAAUUUCGACUGUUCGGCCACCGGCUUCUCCCUGCAGGCCAUGGACUCCAGCCACGUCGCGCUUGUCGCCUUGCUGCUCAGAUCUGAGGGAUUCGAACACUACCGCUGCGACCGCAACAUCUCCAUGGGGAUGAACCUCAACAACAUGGCCAAGAUGCUCAAGUGCGCCGGAAAUGACGACAUUAUCACCAUCAAGGGAGACGAUGGAAGCGAUACUGUCACCUUCAUGUUUGAAAACCCCACUCAAGACAAGAUCGCUGAUUUUGAGAUGAAGCUUAUGGACAUUGAUAGUGAACACCUUGGGAUCCCAGAAGCAGAGUACCAUUCUAUUGUUAGGAUGCCUUCAGCUGAAUUUGCUCGCAUUUGUAAAGAUCUUAGCAGCAUUGGUGAUACAGUUGUUAUCUCUGUGACCAAGGAAGGUGUGAAGUUCUCAACAAGGGGUGACAUUGGAACUGCAAAUAUUGUUUGCAGGCAAAACACAACAGUAGACAAGCCGGAGGAGGCAACAAUCAUUGAGAUGAAUGAGCCAGUGUCUUUGACGUUUGCGUUGAGGUACUUGAACUCGUUCACCAAAGCGUCUCCGUUGUCCAACACUGUUACAAUCAGCUUGUCCUCAGAGCUUCCUGUAGUUGUGGAGUACAAGAUUGCUGAGAUGGGAUACAUCAGGUUCUAUCUCGCACCUAAGAUUGAGGAGGACGAAGAGGACACCAAACCUUGAGCUUCACCCUAAACUUAUCAUCUAUCUAUGUUGUUCAAGGCAGAACAUUGAAAUUUGUAUCCACUUGCUCCUUAGCAUCCCAUGGCAGAUUCUCAGUUUCUUGUUAUAAAUUUGUGUGUGCCUCUCUUAGAACUCGUAACUUUUUAGAGUGACAAAAAGUGGGUUUAACACAGAAACUGUAAUUGCUUAUGUGGUUUAGCCCAAAAAAACCAUUAAAAAUGUGUGUGAAAAUCAUAACUGAACAAGAAUCCCGUUGUCACUCGACAAGGGCUUUGCGCGACUUAAAAAUAAUGCUGCCUUCCUUUGGGAUGUCGCUCUCUUCCGGUAUAUGCUAUCAUGAAGACAACCAUUUAGAGGUAGAGAAGAUGGAAUUAUUGUGCAUUUGAGCCAACAAAUGUGUACGUGCGGGAAACAGUCCACGUAGCAUAUGUAUUGUAUCCACGUCUAUGCCGUAUGCUGUUGUUGUAGAAUAACAGUUGAUGAUCUCACUCCAUCAGUAUUCUCACUAUAGAGCUACCUGAUGCAUAUUCUGAAAGUGUUAUGCCACUACCAAAUCAAAUUGCUUCAACUUUGGCAAAUUAAGGAGUGGAAAUUCACAUUCCUCUCAAAUAAUAAAUCAUUGAAUAAUUCACAAACUCUAGCUCAAUUCCAGAUACCUAUUGAUAAAAUAAUAAAAGCCAAACAAAUCAAUCACUAAUCUGGAGAGGCUAUAAAGAGCUAAACUAACUCUAACACUAUCUUUGGUUCAGGGAAUUAGACAGGAAAUGAAAAGAAAAAGGUUUUUCUUUUUCUUCACCAAACUGGAAAUAUUUU